AUGGCGACGACAAUCCCUAAGCGUAAGCGUGCGAGGAAGGCAUGCAUUCCUUGCCAUGAGCGCAAGCGAAAAUGCGACACCGCGUAUCCUUGUGGCAUGUGCACCACUUACGGAUACAACUGCAGGUACGCCGACGAUAGCACCAUUAGUGCUGUUAUGAGCGGCGGCGUAUCUAUUCUCAACGGUGAAAGCCGUCUAACGAGUCGGCCUGCCACAGACCACAAUUCGGGAAGCAGGUCAUAUAUGGAGCGAGACCGCCGCGCAGGCGACGGCUCGCCAACUAAGAGUCCCACUGUCGCGGCCAGCGCGUCCUCGGGGAUCUUCGACGAGCAGAGGUUCAGAUACUCUGGGGCAUCCGCAGCUAUGGCAUUUCCGCACAUCUUGGGUGUGGCUCUCGGUUCUGACCCCCCUCCAAAGAUGCGGUCGUUCGCUUACAACUUUGGCAUUCGCCCUGAGGAGUCAUCCGAUGCUCACUGCUUUUUGGGAAAUAUGAUCUCGGAGGAAGACCUUGGAUUUUUCUCCGGUGCAUUUUUCUCGGUGUUGGGCCCUGUCGCCGACAUUAUAGACACAAAUAUCUACGCUCAGCGAUGUCGGGAUUAUUACCAUAGUUCAGGCAGCAGCCCAGUCGCGUUUGCCGCCGUGGCCGCCGGGACCGCUGCUCUUGGAUCGUUCCUAUCUCCCAACAAACACCCGCGGGAGUAUGACCUAGUGCAUUACGCAAAAGCCAUUCUCGAUGAUCCGGCCUCUAUGCGUUGGCAUAGCAUCGACCACAUCGUCGCGUGGGGCCUUAGGGUGCUUUACUUGCGGUCAACGACCCGCCCCAGUAACGCUUGGAUCGCUUCAUGCACGCAAAUGCAUCUUUGUGAAGCGAUAGGGCUACACGAGGAAGGGAACAUCAAGAAGAUAGCUUCUGUCUCUGGCGCCGCUGUCGUGGGGUAUGAUGCAGACCGGCUGAGGAGAAUUUUCUGGAUCUCGUGGGCUGGGCAUAACAUGCUUUCCUACGAGUACGAUCGUGCACCUGUAGGAUUUCGGGCCGUGACUUGCCAGCCUAUCAUCUCGAUUCCGGGUUCCUUUGCUGAUCAAUUUGUACGACUGAUCCAGAUCAUUCCGUCGCCCAAUUCUCCAUUUCAGCUCGAGUUGCAGCCUCCAACUCCAAGCAAGGAGCUAUUUGGGCGUCUCAAGGCCCUGGAUGAGCUCCAAUUUACCCAUCCGUUCCUGAUGGUGACUAAGGCGGACAUUGCAUUUUGCUUCUAUCGACGCCUUUACCAACUCAAGAUCCGCAUACCGGAUGAUAUCAUUAAGCUCAUCAUUUAUAGCGGCAAUGCUGCGGUGGAGGCGGCUCAGUGGCAAGCUAGCCAGGGCCUUCUCUUCUGGAACGUCAUUGGCAGCGUCUUCCAGUAUACCUACAUCCUUUUGGCCAUUGACACGCCGGCAGCCUCUGCUCACAUUGGGGCCGCAUUCAAGGGCUUGGAAACCCUUGUCAAGGCUGCGGAUACAGGACUGACUCGUGAGGCAUUGUCGAUGGCGCGGCACCUACUCAAACUUAAAAUGGCCAAAAAGCGAAAAGAACUUGCUCAGCUGGAAGUUGUCGAGGCGGGUUAUGAAUUCUUGAAGGCACCGCCGGUACCCGAGACCAACACCGAAGUGCCAGGUAAUGAUUGGCAGGUGGACUGGGAUCAAUUCUUCAUCGAGCCAUAUUUAUCCAUGUUCGGCUCUGACGUUCGGUUACAAUGA